AAUCUUUAAUCCCGUGAUAAACUGCGUUUCGCAUCAAUGAAUUUCAGCCGGACCAAAGAAGCUGCGAGUAAAACCCAUUUAAAGAUGAGAGUAGCGCAAUGCUUUUCAUAUUUUUUCUUCUCGUUUUUCCUGGAAUUCUUGUAAGUUUGGAGGUGAUGUUGACUCUACAGCCACGAGCAAGGAGGUACUCUGAUUUUUUUGGGAGCGCCGCGGAAUUGACACUGAACUUUCGCUGUCUGGAACCGAAAUAACCAGAUAAGCGGCUACAGCUUAGGGUUUGGAUUUUCUGUGCUCGUAGCCAAUUUUAGUGGCAAGCAUGUGCUUUUAGAGAAUGGUAGCGAGUCAAAAAAGAGCGGCAUUUGUAUUUAUUUAGCAGCACUUCAAAGUUGAAUACCAACCGGCGGGCCGGGAAAAGAUGGAGAAAUUAUUUUGUUGAAGAUGGGAGAUUAUUAGCGGUUGGAUUGAGAAUAUACAAGAAGCAUAUGCUGUUGAAGACAUCUGGUGAAAAAUGGACCCAGCAUGCUCAAAUCUUGGAUUGAGGAGAGGAAGCAGCGAAACAUGUAAAUCCAAAGGGGUUUCAGACGAGGAGAUUCGAACCUUGAGCAUGGGGGCUGGAAAUAAUCGCUGGUAUGAUGGAUUUAUGUGUAUGGCGAAAAUUAGAGAUGAACAGAUGUCCGUGGAGGACAGCCAUUUCACGUAUUCCAGCGGCAUGUUGCCGUCGCUGGGAGCUCGAAGCAAUCGCAGAGUCAAGCUUGGGAGGUUUAUUAUCUCGCCUUACGACUCGCGUUACAGGGCAUGGGAAACGUUCUUGAUCGUGCUGGUAAUUUAUUCGGCAUGGGUUUCACCGUUUGAGUUUGCUUUUAUCGAGGCGCCAAGAGGACCACUGUUGGGUGCAGAUCUUGUUGUCGAUGGUUUUUUCUUAACGGAUAUUAUCAUGACCUUUUUCGUCGCCUUUCUUGACAAAAAAACAUACCUGUUAGAGGAUGAACACAAGAAUAUUGCCAAAAGGUAUAUUUGCACAUGGUUCCUUUUUGACGUUUCUUCAACAAUACCAUUUGAGGCAAUUAGUUUUAUCUCCAAACUAAGAACAAACUUAUCUUUUGGCGUUCUUAAUAUGCUUCGGCUCUGGCGUUUGAGGAGGGUCAGUGCUCUUUUUGCAAGGCUUGAAAAAGACAUCCGAUUCAACUAUUUUUGGACACGCUGUGCAAAAUUAGUGUGCGUUACUCUGUUUGCAGUGCACUGUGCCGGGUGCUUUAAUUACCUUCUAGCAGCAAAGUAUCCUGAUGGGACGAGGACCUGGAUUGGUGCUGUAAUUCCGAAUUUCCAACAUAAAGAUCUCUGGAUUCGCUAUGUAGCUGCAAUUUACUGGUCCAUAACUACUCUUACUACUGUUGGGUAUGGAGAUCUACAUGCUCAGAAUACGAGGGAGAUGGUGUUUGAUAUCUUUUACAUGCUAUUUAAUCUCGGAUUGACUGCAUACUUGAUAGGGAACAUGACAAACUUAGUUGUGCAUGGCACGAGCCGAACAAUGAGAUUUAGGGAUACAAUUCAAGCAGCAUCAAACUUUGCAUUUCGGAAUCGGCUGCCGGCACUUCUGCAAGAUCAAAUGCUAGCUCAUCUGUGCUUGAAAUUCCGAACGGAGGGCUUACAGCAACAACAAACUUUAGAUGAUCUCCCAAAGGCCAUCCGCACAAGCAUUGCAAAACACUUGUUUUACGCAGAUGUUGAAAAAGUAUAUCUGUUUGAAGGAGUCUCAUACGACUUUCUUUUCCAGCUGGUUUCAGAGAUGAAGGCGGAGUAUUACCCUCCAAAAGAAGAUAUCAUUUUGCAAAAUGAAGCACCUACAGAUUUUUAUGUGUUAGUCUCAGGUGCUUUGGAUGUAAUAGUAUACAAGGAUGGAUCACACCACACUCUUCGUCAGUUGCAUGCAGGAGAUGUUUUUGGAGAAAUUGGAGUGCUCUGUUACAGACCUCAACCAUACACAGUUCGUACAAAGAAGCUUUCUCAACUUUUGCGAUUAAAUCGUAGUUCUUUCAUGAAUAUUGUUCAAUCCAAUAUUGCAGAUGGAACAAUUAUCAUGAACAACCUCCUUAAGAUUUUAAAGGAAAUGAAAGACCCAGCUUUUGAGGAUAUCUCAAGAGAAACAGAACAGUUGCUAGCAAAUGGAAGAAUGGAUAUGCCUGUCAGUCUCUGUUUUGCUGCUUCAAGGGGAGACUCUCUUCUUAUGAAGCAGUUGUUGAAAAAAGGGAUGGACCCUAACGAAUCAGACAACAGCAGCCGCACACCUUUGCACAUUGCAACAGCAAAUGGAUUCAAAGACUGUGUGUGCCUUCUUUUAGAGUUUGGAGCAGAAGUAAACAGCAAAGAUGAAGAAGGGAGUGUGCCCCUGUGGGAAGCAAUUCUUGGGCGACAUGAAUUGAUAGCAAAAUUACUAUGGGAGAAGGGAGCAAAUUUGAAGUCUGGUAAUGUUUUCAGUUUCAUAUUGACUGCUUCACAAAGAGGUGAUUUGGAAAUGCUCAAAGAUUUACAAAGAUACGGAGCAGAUUUAGAUGCAACAAAUGAGGAGGGAUCUACAGCUCUUCAUUUUGCCACUAGUGAGGGAUCCACAGAGGCGGUCAAAUAUCUUAUAGAGCAAGGAGCAGACACGAACAAAGUGAAUCGUAAUGGUUUGACACCCAUGGCAAUUGCAGAAAAACUAGGCCAGGAAGACCUAGUGGCAUUAUUCCAAGAAAAAUCUCAGACAACUGACUCACAUUUGUGUAUACCCAUUAAAUAUUCAGUUGUUUCAUCUUGCCCAGAUGAGAGAAAUCAUAGAGAAAUCACUAACCCUUUAGAUCUUCCUGAUGAAAUCAGUUUUCAUCAUUUUGAAAAUCAAAUUUCCACUAGGUCUUCCGUAACUCAAAGAAGAAAAAGGGUUAACAAUUUUCAAAAUUCACUGUUUGGUAUAGUCACAAUGCGUUCUCACAGUAACCUCAGCUUAGGUGGAAAGAGUUUUGAUGCCACAAAAUGCUUGCAAACAAAUUCUUCUCAUCCUACAAGAAUAACAAUUCAUAGAGAUCAACCAAUUUGUUGGAAAACAAGCCAUCAAUCAGGGAAGCUGAUACUUCUACCAGACUCAAUUCAAGAACUUUUGAGAAUUGGAGGUCAAAAAUUUGGUUUUACUCCUGUGAAAGUCUUAAAUGAAGAAGGUGCAGAAAUAGAUGACAUUGAUGUCAUCAGAGAUGGAGAUCGUUUGUUUCUUGUUGACAUUGAUGAGUUUGAAGAAGUCUGUAACAUGGAUGACCGUGGAAGACAUAAAAUGUUUGAGGAUGACAUCUGUGAAAUUGGAUAAGAUGUCUCACAAAUAUUUUUCGAUGUUGCUAUUUGAUUAAGAAUGCAAUUGCUAAUGGUUCUAACUUGCUGCACCUCAUAGGAUAGGUCCAAAGGGAUUGUUUGGUAGCAGUAUUUCCAAGGGAUAAACAUACACUAUAAAAUAAACCAUAUUUACACCUUGUAAAACAGGUUUCAAUAGGGUUACUUAACUUUCAACUGACAUCCUGUUUGCUCACAAUCCAACUUAUCACUAUGGAGGCAUACAAUUAACUCCUGCUGACAGAAACUCUUGGCAUCUGAAUCAGACCAUAAGAAAUUCUGCUUUCUUCUCAAAUCAAAUAGGAAGCUCUUUUCUGUGCCCGCAUAAUUUCAAGUUUUAGAGGAGUUAGGGGUCAAGCAUUUGAUAAGUUCAAGGCAAAAUAAAAUUGUAGAUGGCCUAGACUUCAUCAGAUAUAUACAGGCAGAGAUAAGGAUCUUCCUUAAUGAUGACCAAAAGGAUGGGUGAUGUAUAAAUGUAGACACUAACCUGUACCGUAUAUUGAGUUUGAAUAAAAGUAUGUAAAUAAAAUUAAGCACAUUGCAGUA